GGACCAAACGGAUUUCGUUGUUUAGUAGGAUGUUCAACUGUUGCAGGUUCAGCAUCUAAUCAAUUAUGUUAUCCAUCCAGUUUAAGUUUCGAUAGUUACGGUAAUAUGUUUGUUGCUGAUAGAUACAACAAUCGAAUUCAAAAAUUUUAUGUAACAAGUAAUAUUUAUAGUACAACUAUCAAUCAACCAAACUUAUGUCCAUCUACAACAUGGUAUACAAAUGCAAUUACAUUUGCUAAUAGUAGUACAAUUGGAACUGUCGUAUCUGGUUCUUUCGUUAGUAUUAAUAAUACUGUCUAUGUAGCUAAUCAACAAACUAAUACAGUUAUAGUAUGGUUCGAAGGAAGUAUUAAUCCAGAUAAAAUUCUUUCUGGUAGUCUGAAUACACCAUAUGGUCUUUUCGUUACUCCUCUAGGUGAUAUAUAUGUUGAUAAUGGUCAAAAUAAUGGCCGAGUUGAUAAAUUUUCAUUCAACUCAAAUAUAAGUAAUUCUGCAAUGUCAGUUCCUGGUGUAUGUUAUGGUAUCUUUGUUGAUGUUAGUAAUAAUCUUUAUUGUUCAGCAAUGUCUUCUCAUCAAGUUGUUAAGAAAUGGUUAGAUGAUAAUGUACUUACAUCAACUAUUGUUGCUGGUACAGGUACAGCUGGAUCAACAGCAACUACACUUAAUUGCCCCUAUGGAAUUUUUGUCGAUGCUGAAAUUAAUUUAUAUGUUGCAGAUUUUUUUAACAAUAGAAUACAAAUGUUUCCCGUUGGACAAUUUACUGGAAUAACUUUAGCAGGAGCUGGUGCACCAGGAACUAUUACAUUUUAUGGUCCAGCUGGAAUUAUAUUAGAUGGUAAUGGAUAUCUUUUUGUUACUGAUUUUUAUAAUAAUCGAGUAAUCGGUUCGGGACCAUAUGGUUAUCGAUGUUUAUUUGGAUGUACAACAAUACCUGGUUCUGCAUCGAAUCAAUUAUAUUUUCCAG